UGGCCGGCGCUACUCUUGUAGUCUGGCUACCAAGUACCUACUUCAAACCGUUGUUCAGUUUUUACCACUAUGAUUUCUCCUGUUGAUAGGUCACGUUUCUUUUAGCGGCUGGCCAGUCUGUUUUUUACCUACCACACGUGGUUUUCUUUUCCCUCUUUGACUAAUUGCACAUGCUGCCCUCUGUUGUUUAAGAUUGCGCUGCACGUACUCCGGGUGUCUUGGCACCGGAAGCGAACUUUUCAACCCAAGUUCUACUAACACGGUCUCCUAAAGAGUGAAAACUACAUCAACUCUCAUCGUUGAUACCGAUUUUACGUCUUGUUUCUUUUGAUAUCCUACUUGGAAUCGAAGUUUCCAAGUCAUUUUUCUUUUCUUAGCCAUGGCUCCUGUCGCCCAAAGCGACAUUGACAUGGACAGCCAUACUUCGGACAUGGCCAGCCACGACUCGCAGCUGCGCCGACAAUUCUCCGAGCCACUCCAUACUCAUUCUACAUCUACUCACUCGCCAUCCCCUUCACCCAUGACCACUCCCAGAGCUAAGUGCGCAUGGUGUGGGAAAUUCUUCGAGUCCUCGGAUGACGAUCCGUAUUCUCAAAAUGAGGCUCUCGAAGAACACAUUGCCACAAUGCACCCGCACAUUGCCAAGUUCUCUUUGUAUGAUGGCGUCGCCGAUGAAGAGAAAGAAGAGGCAUAUGACGUCGAUGAACAGCCUGAGGAUGGCACUGUACCUACAGCCCCAGUGUCUGAAGCAGAUGAGGCCCCAGAGACCGAAGAAGAUGGUCUAAUGGAAGCCGCUGAUGAUGAUGAUGAUGACGGUGUUCAUGAAGGUGCUGAAGCCCUGGAAGGUUACGAUAACGAAAAUGACCAGAACGACCUUGAUGGCCCUGAAGCUGAAGGUGAUGGAGAAGGUCAUGAAGGCGAGUCAGAUCUUGCUCUUUUCAAUCAACUUCACGAGUUUUCUCGCCAAGAGGACUCGGUGUCCUUAGACAAACGUAUUCAUAACCUUUGGAACCUCCAUGAAAUCAGCAAAUUCUCCGGAGGUUUUGACGAGACGUCGGCCAACAUCCGUGGGACCUGGAUGAAGGUCUUCGAUGACCCCAAACGUGUCAAGAAACGUGAUACAUCUGAAAUGCUCGUGCGCCCAGAACCUUACAAAAAUUCAAAGAGUUCCAGAGGAGAAUUCCUUGAGAUCUCGCCUCUGGAAGAUUUCUUGGUCCAACUCCGUGAUCCUGAACUGCGCUCAAGCGAUGAACUCUAUGCUAUAACCGAAAACAUUGCCAGUGUCCUGAAGGUAUGGCAAGACGAGUACUUGGCCAUCGAAAAGCUCUGCAAACAUGCAACCCGGCAAAAUGUAAAGCCAACCAGCGACCCACGGAAGCUCGAUAGACCCGAGGUCUAUGAGGACAAGAAAGAGGCAAUGCUCUACGGUUACAAGCAUGAAACAAAAGAAGAUAAAGUUCGCAACCAGAACCCCUUCGUCCAAGGUGGUUUCAAGCCUACGCCGGCUCAAUUCAGAAAGAUGACUGCCAAAGCUGGCCCAAACAAUCCUAACCCUGACGGCUGGCCAACAAUUAUGAAAUUCGGCGUUGAGCAUGUUCCCAAAUUCCAGAACCCUCCGCGAGAAGAGUUCGUCGGUAAGGCAACUCGCAAGCGCAAGGCUGCAGAGUUGGAAGCGGCCAACAAAGCCAAUGAGACCGACGAGGCACUAAACGGGACACCGGCACCCAUGGAGGAAGAGUCAUUUGUCAAGCGGCGCACUCGCACCCGUCGUGCUGGGGAGCUGGAUACUCAACCCGCAGGCUCUCCGGCCCCCUCACGAGGCUCAGUUCGUGGCCGGGGCCGGGGCCGCGGGCGGGGAGCUGCGCGAGGAAUGUCUCGUGCGGGCUCUGAGGCUCCACAGCCCGUGGCGCCAGUGGCGCCAGCUCGGUCAGUUGGACGUGGCCACGGCCGUGAGGUUGCAGCGUCCGCUGGGCCGUUACAAUCACGUCCUGCAACGGCUCAGUUGGCGCCAAUCGAACCGGCGCCCAGCGGAGAUUCAGCAACUGCGACUCCCCCCAGCACUCAGGCAGGCGUUGCCCAGGAUGAAUUACUCGACCCAGCUGAGAAGGCUCGCCGCGAAAAGAUCGCCAACUCCAAGAAUCCAAAGCGGACAGAGGCCAUGCUCAACCACUGGGCUCGGUUCAACCGGGAGGGCCGGACCCGUAACCCGAAACGAUCCAAAGCCCAGAUUGAGGCUGAUCGGGCGGCUGAAGCUGCCAGAAAGGCAGCCGAGCCUCCAAAGACCGUAGGUAAAAAGAAGAAAUCGGACAGCCCAGUUUUUGGGGGGGCCACGAGAGCCGACGCAGGUCUUGCUCCAGCACCAACAAUGCCUGGGCCGGGUUCGCUGGCGCCCGGCCCUCCUGGUCCACACCCCCAGCUGGCACCAAUGCCUCCAGCACGGGGCUCAAUGGCGCCGUAUGCACCCAUCGAUCCCCGGGCUGUAGCGCCCUUCCCUCCAGCCCCCCAUGGCCCUCACGGUCUCCAGCCGCCGCCGCCCCAACCCUAUCACACCCCAUACCCCGAGCUUUACUUCCCGUAUGGAGCGGCAGCUGCUGGACUACCUCCCCCAGGUCACACACGGCCUGCAUGAGGUUGCCUGCCUUCUCUCUUCUUUUAACCUAUUUCUACAUUUGUACAGUUUUGAAUAAUUUCCUUUUUGGAUGGAGAGAUAUGGGCAAUGUACACUUUGGAUUUCUGUCAAUAUGUAUUACCACCCCAUGACUCGAGCAUCAGGCUUUAGCUUCUGAGCAACCAUGUCUUAAUUUUACUGCUUUUGUUUCGCGGGUUGCAUUGUCUUUUUGCUUAGCGUGUUGGGCGAGCAAUCGGCGCAGGGAAUUGGCUUGAGUUCUUUUUUGUAUAAUUUUGCGAUAUUGGCUCGUUGUCGCCAGACAGCAUUCGCCGGGUGACGGGUGGUACUUGUACGCUUACUUGUUUUUAUUUGGAGGAAAACUCGGUACUAUUCCUGGAUGAUAUGGGAUCAAUGUCAAUGGAGAAGGAGAAGAAACUGAAUGGGGUUCAUGUUGCUAUGGG